CUCACUAAAAGAAAAGAAUACAGUUCGUAUCUUCUCAACUUUCCAUCUUAAACUUGAAUCCUAAGGCGAAUGAAACUCUUAAGCUUUAACUUUAUUCUCACUCAAACCACUAUUUCCCUAGACCUCGACAUAAACCAAAUUCCAUUACCAUUCAAUUCCUGUGGAAACCUCUGUUUUGUUUUCCAUUCUUAAACAAUAAUGUGCGAAACCAACAGCGUUACCUUUUGGCUUCUUCAGAUUCUUGGCCUCAUAGGUCUUCUUGCUCUUUGUCUAUGGCUAGCGUUGCGUCCCAGAAGUCCCAAUUAUACGAUCGUGAACUUUUCCAUCCCUUCGGUAAACGAUAGUAAUGCAUCCGAUCAUGGGAUCAUCCAAUAUGAGCUUGAUAUUGAUAAUCCGAAUAAAAACUCAGGUCUCCGCAGCGCUAUACUGAAUGCCACAGCUGAAUUAAGAGUCGAUUUAUCAACUAAUAUCAGAUACAAAACAUGGGGCAUAAAGAGCAAGCACCAUGGAUCACACAGGGAAGGAAAUAUACCGAUAGGUAAAGAUGGCAAGAUAUCCAACAACAAGAAGAAAGUUAAACUUCGACAUGCAUCGAAAAGGUUGAAACUAAGGGCAAAAAAUUACAAAGCUUAA